UAUGAGUACCUGUUGACAGAAAUCUUGAUCAAUUUUUGCAUUACUCACUCUCUAGAUCUCUCACUUCCCGAAAGAAAUUGCUUUUAUGAAUAUUUACGAGAAAUAAACUAUUUGAGUUUUUGAGAAAUUGUUGAGAAACCCACAAUACGCACUUAUACAUGUCUAAAACCCUGUAAAACUUGUCUAAAACCCUCUAAAACUUAUACAUGUCUAAAACCCACAAUACGCACUUAUAUAUAAUAGUCGUGAGUCUAUGGUUUCUAUUUGUAAUCUUGUGCAGGUAAUCCCAGACAAACCUACUGACACUACCAAAACAUUGAACUUAAAUUUAUAAUAACUUAUUUAUUCAUUUAUUUUAUUUACUUUAUAUCCUUGCGGCGAACGUGACGUCACUUUAACUAACAAAACGGCUACCAUUAUGGCAUGGGGGCAAACAAAGCGCUUGAAAAUGGAGAAAUGUGUUUUUAAUUGUUCAAUUAAUGUUAAUAGUCAUCCGAACUUGAUUUUUUAUAUUUUGCUUCCUGAUCCAAAGAGAAGAAAAUCGUGGCUUUAUGCUUUAUAUAGAAUUGAUUCAUCUUGCAAAAACAAACUUUGGUUGCAAAACAUGUCUAAGUAUGCUCAAAACAUUUUGUAUCUGGAAAAAAAAGAACAUAGUCUAGAUGCUUUUCAAAAUUUUGAAAAGCAUGUUGACUGUGUUCCAUUUUCUUUAGAAGAGUUUCUGCUGUUGUCACUGGUUUUAGAGAGUACCUUCGUUAAUGAAGAUAAAAAGUCAUUUAUGUUAUUUUUAAAUUGCCUAAUGAUAAAAUUAUAUAAAGCUAAGACAUAAUAUUGUUAAUCCUCAUACCAUUUACUAAAAAACUUUAUAAAUAUUGUUACGAUGUUAUAAUUCAAAUUGUUGUAAUUAGUAAUUUUGAUCAUUUCAUUAUUAUACUGUAAAAAAUGUUUUUUAUUUAUAACAUUUAUUUCACAUAUAUUAAAAAUAUGAGGAAUAAAUAUUACACUGAGGAAAAUUUUAAGCAAAAUAUAGAAUUUUUAAAUGUUAUUAGAAUAUCAAUAUGUAAUAUUUUUGUUUUAUUUAUUGACUACAUCUGUAAACUGUGCAAUAAUUUCAAAAUGAUGAAUUAAUUGAAUUCCAUGAUUCCUUUAAGCAUUUGCACAGAUUUAUUUCAAUAUAACGCUAAAUUUUGUUCUGGUAACGUUCAGCAGCUUUUUUA